UGAGGCUUAUCUGCUGCACCUUGGUGGUUUAGUGGCUGCUUUUUUUUCGAUGACCCCGUGAUCGCAGUGUUGGGACUCCCAAUUUCGGACCCUCCUUGCUUCCCUGGUCGGCGGACAGGGCAGCUGUGGCACACCCACCUGCAUCCGCGCCUGCAGCAUAACCACCUCCACCUCCACCUCCUGCCCGCACACUCCUCAACACCCAACGUAAAGGCCGCCUUGUCUGAGACGCAACCCUCUCUCAGCAACGCCGCAGCUGUUCUUCACAUCAUCUUCCAACCUUAUCUCCUUUUCCUCUUUUUUCUUGUUUCCUUAGCCUCUCUGGGAUAGAACAGACAGACGACGACAACCGAGCGAGUUCCUGCGGCAGACGGCAGCACUCAAUCUGUUGUUUUAGCGUUCAGCCACUCGCAUCAGAGCCCGAAGCACAAGCCAGCCCGUCCUUGUUUGCCAGAGCUCCCCCUACCUCACCUUACCUCACUCUUUUCAGCAGAAGCUUGACUUCGUCUUUUGCUCCCGUCCUCUGUAAUCCCUCGAGUCCUCGAUACUCAAACAACGACUGCCAUCAUGCCUAUCAUCCCGACCACAGAGAUUACACCACCUGCCCCGCCACCGGGCCCUCCCCGAAGCCGGGGCUCGACUGACGAAGGCGUUUUCGACGAUGCCAGGACCUACUACACCGCCGAUGAGCGCCAUCUGAACACCCGGGCGGGUGCCAGAACCCGCACCUACUCACAGAACAGCUUGUUCAAGCAAAUGGAGCGGAUGGGCCUGAAGGAGCCUUACCGGAGAGGCAGUCAUGACGAAUCCACCAUUCCACAUUCUCGUCGAUUCCUUAUUCAAGUCGAACCUACUCUACAGAGCUUGCAGUCACAGGAGGAUACCGAUGGGAACAUGCAAAUCACCAUUGAGGACAAUGGCCCCAAGGUUCUUACACUCCGCACUGCGGCGUCUAAUGGGCACAACAGAUUCGAUAUUCGAGGUACAUACAUGUUGUCCAACCUGCUCCAGGAGCUCUCUCUCGCCAAGGAGUACGGCCGCAAGCAGAUUAUCCUCGAUGAGGCCCGCCUGAACGAGAACCCUGUCAAUCGUCUUUCGCGAAUGAUUCGUGAUCACUUUUGGGAGGGACUCACUCGCCGCAUUGAUGCCUCCAGCAUUGAGAUUGCGGCGCGGGAUCCCAAGGACUGGACAGACGACCCGAGGCCACGCAUCUACGUUCCCCGGGGCGCUCCUGAGCAAUACGAAUACUACACCAAGGUGGCAGAGGAGAGGCCUGAGCUCCGGCUCGAUGUGCAGCUCCUGCCAGAGAAGAUUACCCCUGAGCUGGUUCGGGAUAUGAAUUCCAAGCCCGGUCUGCUCGCGGUCGACAUGGAGGAGGAAGUCGAUCCCAAAACAGGAAAGAAGACGCUCAAGGGCCGACCAUUCGUCGUGCCAGGAGGUCGCUUCAACGAGCUUUACGGCUGGGACAGCUACAUGGAGUCUCUGGGUCUGCUGGUGCACGACAAGGUCGACUUGGCCAAGUCUAUGGUACAGAACUUUUGCUUUUGCAUCAAGCACUACGGCAAAAUUCUCAAUGCCACCCGAUCCUACUACCUCUGCCGGUCACAACCUCCUUUCCUGACCGACAUGGCGCUCCGGGUGUACGACAAGAUCAAGCACGAGCCAGGUGCUCUGGAGUUCCUCCGGACGUCUAUCUUGGCCGCCAUCAAGGAGUAUCACAGCGUAUGGGUGGCUGAGCCGCGUUUAGACCCCGUCACAGGUCUUUCACGGUACAGGCCCGAGGGUCUUGGUGUUCCUCCUGAGACGGAGGCUGGCCAUUUCGUUCAUAUUUUGGAGCCCUACGUCGAGAAACAUGGCUGCACCUUUGAGGAGUUUGUUGAGGGGUACAACAAUGGCAAGAUCAAGGAACCCGAGCUCGACAACUACUUUAUGCACGAUCGUGCUGUCCGUGAGUCGGGCCAUGAUACGACUUACCGUUUCGAGGGUUGCUGUGCCGACCUUGCCACGAUCGACUUGAACUCUCUCCUCUUCAAAUACGAAACCGACAUUGCGCGCACCAUCCGAAAUGUGUUCCACGACAAGCUUGUCAUUCCUGCUGAGUAUUGCGUGGGCAAUAUGGAGCCCAACCACGUCGAGGCGUCUGCUAUCUGGGACCGCCGCGCCAAGCGGAGAAAGUUGGCCAUUGACAAGUACCUUUGGAACGAGCAGGAGGGUAUGUACUUUGACUACGACACUGCGAACCGCAAGCAGUGCUCGUACGAAAGCGCAACGACCUUUUGGGCACUCUGGGCUGGUGUUGCCAGCCCCAAGCAGGCCGCAGCCAUGGUUACCAAAGCCCUUCCCAAGUUCGAGGCUGUGGGGGGGUUGCUGUCCGGUACUGAGGAGAGUCGUGGUGAGAUUGGCCUGGAGCGACCUAACAGACAAUGGGAUUAUCCCUAUGGCUGGGCGCCACAGCAGAUUUUGGCGUGGACGGGGUUGUAUCGGUACAGCUUCACAGAAGAGGCCGAGAGACUGGCGUACAAGUGGCUGUUCAUGAUUACAAAGGCGUUUGUUGACUUCAAUGGGGUGGUGGUGGAGAAGUACGACGUGACAAGGCCUAUUGAUCCGCACAGAGUGGACGCCGAGUAUGGAAAUCAGGGGCUGGACUUUAAGGGUGUUGCCAAGGAGGGAUUCGGCUGGGUCAACGCGAGUUAUGUGUACGGCCUACAGAUUGUCAAUGCUCACAUGCGGAGAGCCCUGGGAACGCUCACGCCGUAUGAGACUUUUAUCAGGGCCGUGGAGGAGAAUAGGGCAAAAGCAUUGGCGGAGUUGGUGUAAAUUCUUUAACUGUCAACAAUAAGAAUGGAAAGAGAGGAGGGAGCAAUGGAUGGGUUUUGGGGAAGAGAAAAGACGACUAGAAAUUGUAGAAGGUUGCAUACCUAUCCUAAAAUGAAGAUAUCCCAGACGAGACCACCGGUAUUGGCAGAGUGGCGAUGAUCCAGCAAGGGUUUUGGUUGUGGUCGGUGAAAUGAUGAGAAUGGAGGCAUGAUGGCAAGUGUGAGAGGGCAUGAGACAGCCUGGUGGACAGUGAAGUGGAUGUUAGCUGAGGGUCCAAGGUGCUUUGCACAAUGCCAACACCUAAAGAGAGCUUGAUGGUAUAG